GAAAAAAAGAAACAAUGAUGAUAUAUUGUUGCUUUGGUGAAAUUGAAAUGAGCUAUAUUUCUGAAAUGUUGUCGAGCAUUUAUUAAGUGUGAUAAGCUGGAAUCGCACUGUAUGUUGUGAUAACAUCUGGGAGGGAUUUGCUGAUAACUAGCUGGAAACUGUGAAGGGAGAGGGAGAUCAUUCAUCAGGAAAACUCGUAGUUCGAAGAAUAUCGCAAGAAGAAAAUACAGUACUUAUAUUGUAUAGAGAGUCUAGGCAAGUGUCUUGGACUAGUGAAUGGAGGAAGAAGACUUGUAACUUUGAAUUUUGUUAAAAGGUAGCUAUGGUUUUUAUGAAAAGAAGUUAUAUGGGAUACAGAAGAUCCAAGAUCAUCCGCCACCGAAGGAAUUGCAUAUGAAUUCUUAAUUUUUAGUCUGACAUAUGAGAUGUGCACAGGUUCUGGACGAGGAGGCCAAGAGAGCUGGAGAUCAUAUGACAUCAGCAGCAGCUUUUGUGGAAGGAGGAAUACAAGAGGCUAAUGAUGAUGCUUGCAGCAUAUGCCUGGAGGAGUUCUGCGACAGCGAUCCUUCAACGGUCACUUGUUGCAAGCAUGAAUUUCACCUUCAGUGCAUUCUUGAAUGGUGUCAGAGAAGCUCUCAGUGUCCCAUGUGCUGGCAGCCAAUCAGCCUGAAGGAUCCUUCCAGUCAGGAGCUGCUGGAGGCAGUGGAGCGAGAGAGGAACAUUAGGCUCGCUCCACGAAAUCCAACAAUAUUUCAUCAUCCAGCCCUUGGUGAUUUUGAGCUGCAGCAUUUACCUGUUGGUGCAAAUGAUGCUGAACUUGAAGAGCGCAUAAUCCAACACUUGGCAGCUGCUGCUGCAAUGGGAAGGGCCCACCACCUCAGCAGACGGGAAGGCCAUAGGGGACGACCAUCUGGUCACGGUCGUCCUCAUUUCUUGGUCUUCUCAACUCAUCCUAAUGGUGCUCAUUCUGGUCCUGUCUCUAGUUCAUUGGUACAGGUAGAAGGGGAAAGUCAACCAGCGGCAGUAGCUGCUGCUCGUCCAUCAGUACCCAUCGAAUCCACUGGUAAUGAUUCACCUCGGCAGAUUUUGAUUCAAACCAAUCAAGUUUCUUCUUCUGCCUCCGGGUCUCCUGUUACUCCCACAAACGGACCAGGGAUAUCCCUUUACAGGAGCUCUGCUGGUCACCCUUCUUCUCCAACUCAAGAUAGGGCAGGCACAUCAGAAUUUCAAACUCUUUCAGAAUCUCUAAAAUCUAAAUGGAAUGCAGUCUCAAUGAGGUAUAAAGAGUCCCUUUCAAAAAGCACCAAGGGUUGGAGGGAGCGGUUUUUUCCCCGUCACACUUCUAUGGCUGAUCAUAACACUGAAGUUAGAAGGGAAGUGAUUGCAGGAAUGAACAAUGUGCCUCACAUGAUGGGAAACCUUGAAAUUAGGGACAAUAGUGUUGGUAAUAUCGCUACUGAAUCAUCAAAUCAGUCUGCUAAUUAUUCAGCUGAUGAGGCUGCCAACCAGAGCAGUGCCGAGAACCAAGAAGAAACUCCAUCAAAUGAAGUCAAUUCAUCUGCUGCCGGUACUGCUGGUUCUGUGUCCAUCUAGUUUGUCAAUCCAUCAGGAGUUGCAUCAUCCUCGGCAUGUCAUAUUUGUAGGUGAUAUAUACUCCCAGAUAUGACAUGCCGAGGACCAGAUGCUUUGGGUAAGAAGUUGCACGAGGUCCUUGCCAUCUUUAAGGGAUAAGAGAGAGAAAGAGUAUAAUGUGGACUGGCACUCAUAAUGGGUACAUCUUGUAAAUCUUGUUUAUGUGCAUGAGACUCAGAAGAUUAUAUGCCUAUUAUGCCGCCAUUUUGGAGGGUAAUCUCACAUUUAUAUAUGGAAUACACAAAUAGUUGAAUAUGCA